AUGUCGCCGGCAAGGUCCUCCCGGGCCAUCGUCUCCUUGGCCUUGGGACCGAGGAGAUGGCGCAGCGAGGCUGCUUGCUUCAGCGGCGGCGAGGUUCCCUGUCUGCCUGACGAGUUGAUUUAUGACGACGCCAACAUCAUCUAUACGCCCGAGUUCUACCAGACGCAUGAGGAGAUAGCCCUCCUACAGAGGUACGGCAGCGAGAUAGCCAAAGACCAAAUAGCGGAGGGUGCGGUCCUUAUUAAUAUAGGCGCCGGCGACCUAAACAAGGCGAACUAUCUUCUUGAGGAGCUACGCCGGCGCGGACGUAAGGUAACCUACCUGGCCCUCGACAUCUCCAAGCGCUCCCUCACCACCAACCUCUGCGACUAUGCUCCGGGUGACAAGGGCGUCAGCGUCUAUAUGGCCGGUCUCUGGGGCGACUUCCGCGCCGGCGUCGCCUUCGCCGCGACCGUCACGCAAAAGCCGCGCGUCUUCCUCUCUCUCGGGUCUGUCCUCUUCAACGACCCCUGGCAGAAAGCCGUGGGCUCGCUGCGCGACCUCAUCCUCGCCGGCAUGGACGGCCACGACGUGCACUCGUCCAAGGUCUGGGCAGCCUACCACAGCCGCCCAGACCUGUUUGAGGAGUUCUUCCACAACGGUUUCCUACACGCCAACAAACUACUCGGAGAGGACGUCUUCCACCCUGGCGACUGGGACAUACGGGCGGAGAUCGAGACGGAGGAGAAGCGCCACCGGUUCUUCCUCCAGGCGAGGCGCGACAUCGUGUCCGAGGUCGAGGGGAGGAUUAAGAAGAAAGGACUGGCGAUCGACUGGUUUGACGCGGAUAAGCGGUCUGAAGAGGACGUGCGUAGUAUGUGUGCCGAGGCCGGUCUGGAGGUCGUUCAGUUGUGGGCUUGUAAAGACUCCGACAUGCGACAGUACCUGAUCGGUCCAGGAGCCUGA